GUUAGUAACACCUCGCUGUGGGCCGCGGUGUUGAAGGAAGGACCUCGCUGGCCUCUCGCUCUAUACCUGGCACACAUCACCCGCAAAGAAAACCAGUGUUGAGAGAAUACCAUUGGCGGUGUCGCUUGCCAACACUGUUUUACUACAUGCAAAAAGAAAACCAAUUUAUUCUGACUGGUAGUGAUGUGAAAGUCGACAAACACAUCAAGUGAAUUAUAUAUAUUAUAUCUGGUAUAAUAAUGGAGUGUUUUGACCAAACAAUUUAUACGCAGAGAUAAUCAAAAUAUGAUUGUACGUUUUUUCCAUCUUUUUUAGAAAAUUUAUUAAACAAGUACACGAUUUUUUUAUGUAUAUAUACAUAUAUAUAUAAAGGGAGAACGCAUGUAAAAAUAUUUCGAGAAAAGAAGUGUAGAAGACAAGUACCAAGAGAUAAUAAUAUUAGUAGAGAAGUGUUCCUUGGAUUCCAGGUGCACGCACCAAUAAAGUGACUUCGGCAUUUUGAGCUGGUGAUCUACCGGUUAUAAACUUCCUGCUCUGAAGCCGUGCUCACUUGAGUCCUGAAGUUCGUAUCAUUCCCCAAAACUGGAUGACCCAUCAGACAAUGGCAGCGUGAAAGUGUUGAGACAAGGCAACCAGGAUCAAGAAGAGAGGUAGAGGCGGAAAUUUGUGAGGUUUUGCCUCAAGGUUCGUGUUUAUUGAGCCACGAGGUGACCAAGCCAUGGUUGAUCUGGCCUUCCCUCUCUGAGGUGAUGUUCAUAUCAUUUAAACAUGAUUGUGCUCGAGCUGCCGCCCCUCUGAGGGCCACAGUUCCACCCUACCCGCCCAUACGCCCGCACGCUUACACUAGGAAAGGUUGAGUCACUGCUGUUUUACCUAUCACUGCCGGCUGCCCUCCGUACCCAUAUGAGGGAGAGUUGAGGGCAGGCGGGAGGUGGAGGCGAGGGCGUGAUGGUGGUAUGAUCCCGAGGGCGUGGGCGUGGCUGGUGGUGCUGGCCGCCGCAUGGCAGGCCCCGCAAGCCGCAGCCGCAGCCAAGACGCGCCUGGUCACCACCAAGUACGGCCAGGUCCAGGGGCUUAUCAGGCACCUCGGUCACCUUCUGGGAGACGUGGAAGUCUUCAUGGGUGUCCCAUAUGCUAGUCCCCCCGUGGAAGAGGGACGCUUUACUCCCACUAACACUCCAACCCCCUGGGACGGGGUCCUAGAUGCCACUACCCCUCCCCCCGUGUGCCCACAGCUGCUGCCAGACCCAGACGAGGCACACAUGCCCCGUGCCCGGGCAGAGUUCAUUCGGCAGAUCAUUCCUGCUCUCACUAACCAGAGUGAAGACUGCCUCACCCUAAACAUCUACACUCCAAUCAUGGUGAUCCCAGGCUCCGAGGUGUACCCGGUGCUGGUGUUCCUACAUGGUGAGAGCUUCAGCUGGGGCGCUGGCUCUCUCUACGACGGCUCUGUCCUGGCCGCCUACGGCAGAGUGCUGGUUCUCACCUUGAACUACCGCCUCGGUCCUCUGGGUAGUCAAGCUUCUGAGCUCCAUUUCAGGUUCUUGUGUUUGUGGAUUCACGAUCUUGCUAAAGAUUUGCUGUGGAUUCAGAGCCACUAA